CCAUUGCCGCCGCAGCCGCCACCGUACGUUCCGGUUCGGUCCUACAAUGUCAACAAGUACUACCGCGUCGGUGUCGGGGUCGGAAACAUUGGCUAUCGGGCUUCUUCUGUCGGUCCACCCAACCACCAGCACCAACACCACGUUGAUGCCGCCUACGCCAAUGGUGGCUCCAACGACAACCACCUAGAUCAACAACCAUCACGUGAGAGCCUGUUACGCGAGUGGCACGGUAGCACCGGCUAUCGCCACCACCAGUACCAGCUGCCGAGACGAGAGAACCAACACAACAACUUUAUAAUAAUGUCCAAUGAAAUCGGCGCAGACGCCGAACGAAGCCUGAAAACGCCCCCCAUUCUUGGCAACGACAGCAACAACAACGACGAUUACCUCAAUGGUGGUGGUUUCGAUGGAGGCAAAACACACACAGGCGUACCCGUGCCUGGUACGGGUGGGCCAAUGUUGCCGAAGGCUUCGGGAGAGAAUGGUCCGGCGAAUCCGGUCAGUGGUUUACAAACAUCUCCGAGUAGAACACCGUUUGGUGCUGUUGUUGCUGCGAGUGGCAAUACUGCAGGACCUACUUCGAUACAACAACAACAACAACAGGCUAACGGUAAUAACAGCAACAACAAUAAUAGCAUCGGUCAUAAGGAGGCCAACGAAAGUGAACCAGUGGCACCCCCAGGUGUGCCUCCUGCAAAACCAAGACCGUUAAUCAAGAGCAAGGGAUCGGUGUCACCGUUGCCGUUGAAGCGUGCAGUGAACAAACCAACUACACCGUCACGGGACAACAAUGGCAAUAACUUUGACGCCAGUCCACUGAGGGAUAGUGAUUCGCCUGGACCGAUCGGGGAACUCCCGGGCAAUGGAACUGGGAUACGAGGUGGUCCACCGAAUCCGAAUCUUCCGUCGCGUCCACUUGGCGGUGUAAAACCUCGCAAAGGCGGCUGGAAGGGCCGCCCAGAUCACGAAACAUUCAACAGUAACCUAUCGCCCACGGACGACGAAGACAGUGGUCCCGGGGCCACGGCACGGAGCGUUAAUCCUGUGAUAACAAGUAACGUAGUGGUGAAUCGUAAUAAGAUCGGUUCUAGUGGUGGUGGAGCCAUCGGUGGUGGUGGCCGUGGUGGUUGGGGUGCAAAUCAACGAAAAACAGUGACUACUACCGGAAGUCCACUGCAAAGUCCGGCCGGUGGUGGUGGUGGUGGUGGUACCGUAGGACCAUCGGGCUCGUCGGUGGCCUUAUCCGGAGCGGCUGGUGUGCCGCUGUCCAUGGACAAUCAGAGUGAAAUCUCUUCGUCGCAACCGCAAACGACCCCGGUUCAUCCGUCCAUUAGUGGUGUUGCGCGAACAGCGUCGCGCGUCGAUUCUCUCGAGAACAUUCCCGGUCCGUCCGGCUUACUGCCGCACAACCCGGGUGUACCAGGCACGAUCGGGGGCAAUCCGCAAUCCAGAUACUCAAACCUGUCGUUCUGGAAGGCCAGACGGGUGCUGUUCUAUCGGAAUGGCGAUCCCUUCUUCCCGGGCGUCGAAUUUCGCUUCAAACCCGGACGUGACAUUUGCACACUGGAGGCGCUCCUGGAUAAGAUCUCCGCCCGGAUGGAUCUACCGCGGGGUGCCCGGUACAUCUUCUCGAUGGACGGUGACCGCAAGUACUCUCUGGACGAGCUGGAGGACGGUUCCAGCUAUGUGGUGUCUUCGUUCAAAGUUUUCAAGCCUGCUAGCUAUGGUAAGAAAAAUGGCGUCUGGUACGCUUCACCGGGAAACCAGGGCUGGGGCACCGGAAACCGCCUGAGUCGCAAGCCAUCGGUUACCGAAGUGGACAACAUGCCGUCCGGGAGUCUCAAACCGAGUGCCGGCCGGGUCAUUCGAAUCAUCAACAGUCACGAUCACAGUGUUCAGUGUCGGGUGCUGCUUAAUUUGCGUACAUCGCAACCGUUCGAGGAGGUCCUGGAGGACCUGGGGCAAGUGCUGAAGAUGAUCGGCGCCAAAAAGAUGUAUACCAACCACGGUCAGGAGGUGCGCAGCUUCUCCCAGCUACGGAACGAGUUCGCCGAGGUUGACACGUUCUACCUGAGCAACACUCCGUCUCUGCCGAUCGGUGCCCUUGGGCCAGGUGUAAUCCCUCCGUCACCGGCACGUCGUUCCCGUUCCCGUCUCGGUGGUUCCGUUCCGGAUGAUCUCUCGAAGACAACGGCCCGUCAACGGGCCCGCAGCAAAAGCAGACCACGCGCACUGUACGCACCGGAAAACGAGCUGCUAAGGGCUUCGUCCGAUUACCCGCUGCUGGACUCCAUGAAGGAGGAACCGACCCGGAUCACGAUACGGGGUCUGCGCCGCACGUUCUACCCACCGAUGCACCAUCCACCGGUGGACAACGCGCCGCCGGAUAAGAAACUGGCACUGUUUUGGGUACACGGAUAUCGUGGAAUCGAUUCCAAGAGAAACUUAUGGGUGCUGCCAUCGGGAGAAUUGCUCUACUACGUGGCCGCCGUUGCUAUACUGUACGACCGGGAGGAGGAAGCUCAGCGGCACUACACGGGACACACGGAGGACAUCACCUGUAUGGAAGUUCACCCAUCGCGAGAGCUGGUCGGUUCCGGACAGCGUGGCGGGCGCGAUCGGAAAUCUCAGGCACACGUCCGCAUCUGGAGUACGGAAUCGCUGCAAACGCUGUACGUGUUCGGCAUGGGUGAACUGGACACCGGUGUCAUAGCGGUGGCUUUUUCGCAGCUUAACGGCGGCAGCUACAUCCUGGCAGUGGAUGCCGGCCGCGAAAGUAUACUGUCGGUGUGGCAGUGGCAGUGGGGACAUCUGCUCGGCAAAGUGGCGACACUGCAGGAAGGAAUUUGGGGCGCCACGUUCCAUCCGUUGGACGACAAUCUAUUGAUCACACACGGCAAGGGCCAUUUAGCAUUCUGGCACCGCCGGAAGGAUGGAUUCUUCGAGAAGACAGACAUCAUCAAACCGCCUUCGAAGACAUUCGUCACUUGCGUUCAGUUCGAACCGGAUGGAGAUGUCAUCACCGCAGACAGCGACGGUUUCAUUACGAUCUACAGCGUGGAUGCCGAUGGAGCGUACUUUGUGAGGAUGGAAUUUGAAGCACACAGCAAAGCCAUUUCUUGUCUGGUGAUGCUUUCGGAGGGUACUUUGAUAUCAGGUGGUGAAAAGGAUCGUAAAAUUGCCGCAUGGGAUUCGUUGCAGAACUACAAGAGGAUAACCGAUAUAAAGCUUCCAGAAUCUGCCGGAGGAGUGCGCACUAUUUAUCCACAGCGACCGGGUCGAAACGAUGGCAACGUUUACGUCGGAACUACGCGCAAUAACAUUCUGGAAGGUUCGUUACAGCGUCGCUUUAAUCAGGUUAUGUUCGGUCAUGGCAAACAGCUUUGGGCUCUGGCGGCGCAUCCAGAUGACGAAGUAUUUGCUACCGGUGGUCACGACAAGUACGUAGCCAUGUGGAGAAGGCACAAGUUGAUCUGGACAUCGUCGGUAGGUUACGAAAUAAUUUCCCUAGCCUUCCAUCCGUAUGGUGCCGCACUUGCCGCCGGAAGUUCCGAAGGUCAUCUUGUGGUAAUCAACGCCGAAAAUGGAGCAACCAUGCUAACGAUUCGCGUCUGUGGUUCACCGCUGAACUGUGUGGAGUUCAACCAAGUGGGUGACAUGAUCGCCAUCGGCUCGCAGAACGGUAGCAUCUAUCUGUUCCGUGUGUCGCGCGACGGAUUCUCGUACAAGAAGAUCAACAAGAUCCGUGGUUCGCAACCGCUAACGCACCUUGACUGGAGCUCCGAAGGUAACUUCCUCCAGUCCGUGACUGUGGAUUUCGAUUUGCUCUUCUGGGACGUGAAAUCCCUUUCGCCGGAAAAGAGCCCCAUUGCCAUGAAGGACGUCAAGUGGUUGACCAACAACAACACAGUGGGAUUCAUGGUGGCCGGAAUGUGGAACAACCGGUACUACGCCGCACCGGCUAACACCAUCAUAACGUGCACAUCGCGAACCGUCGCCCAGGAUCUCAUUGUGAGCGGUGACAGCGAUGGCUAUCUGCGUCUGUUCCGUUAUCCGUGCAUUACCCCAAGGGCGGAGUUCACUGAGGCCAAGGUGUACUCGGGUACUUUGGCGAACGUGAAAUUCUUACACGGAAACCACAGCCUGGUCACGGUUGGUGGCACUGACGCUUCCCUCAUGAUCUGGGAGCUCACCGAAGAAUAGCCACUGUGGCCACCGUGGCGUUCAGGUGCCGCGCCACAGUCCCCAUCACCAGGUAAUCCUCCUAACACUAGCCUAGUAGCCACCAAUCAUCAAAAAGUUAAUCAAAAAAAAAACAAAACUCACAUCACCGCCACUUCACCGAUAAUCAGUAAAAACCCCCUGAAUCGUGAAAGUAACGAUCCAAGCGCUAGCAAAAACCCCAAUCCAAAUCAAGCAACAUCACAUCCACAAAUAGCGCAACAGAAUCACCAGCAACCACCACAAGAACCGACGCCAGCCGGUGUCGUCGCCGUCGGAUCAACCGACGGCCAGCGACCGAACCCGGGAAAGCCAGCCGCGGAAACUGCAAACGGUACAGCUGAUCAAUGGGACCAACAAUCAGCCGAUGGUACCGAGGAGGAUGAUGAUGAUGUGAAUGAGAAGGAGCUGGAACACGAAGGAGACGACGAAGGGGAGAACGAGUCGGACGGUAGCGGGGCGGCCCGUGUCCUCCAGCAGCAACACCAGCAUCACCAGCAGACACCGUACGAACGUCCGCGACGUCUGCGGUCCCGCUCGUCACGCCGUGCUCCGCCCAGUGUUCGCGCGGUCACGGCCGUCGAACCGUUUCCCGCAUCGCCCCUGGAGGACGAAGAGGGCGAGGUGGAAUACGCCGUCCUGCUGCCCGAUUCGUUUGCCGUACUGGACUCUUCGUUUUGAAUACCGUAGAUCUUGACCGUGGCGGACAGUUUUGGUUCUUGACGGAUGAAUGAUCCGUCGGUAAUGUUCACUGUAGCUCUGCCUGUUCCUGCGGGAAAACCCCCCCAUAUUGUAGUCGUUGUUCUCAAUAUGUAUAGACGAGAAGACACAACAUGUAAAGCGUUUUUUUCUAAAACAAAAACACUCCCACACCCACAAUGGCACUAAAUGCACGUUUUUUCCCGGAUUAUUUACGUAGAAUGUAGCGUAAGUUGAGGAGGAUACCUGUUUGUAAAUCUUAAGAUAGGAACAAUUUGAAUAUCAUUCCAAAAUAGAGAGUUUCAGCAUGUUUUUACCAAUUUACCGUCAUUUGUCAGGGAAU